GGCUUUAUUGCUUUCUGGACACCUUUGGUGAACAUCCGCAGUCCUUUAAAAGUGCAGAGUCUAGCGGACCAGUCUGAGUCCCAGAGAUAAGUGUGGGCACUCUGGUGCAGCCGGUGCUGCUCCUGGUAGCUCUGGCUUGGACCUUUUCAAGAGCUGAUGUCUGGGGAGGCACCGAUGUGUGAUAUGGACCUGAGUGACGGCAAGGUGAAGGAGACCAGUGUGGCUGGCAGAUGCCGUGUGUCCUGGUAUGAGCAAUACGUACAGCCAUGUGUGGUGGAACUUCUGGGCUCUGCCCUCUUCAUUUUCAUCGGGUGUCUAUCAGUCAUCGAGAACAGUGCAAACACUGGACUCCUGCAGCCUGCCCUGGCUCACGGGCUGGCCUUGGGGCUCAUCAUCGCUACACUGGGGAAUAUCAGCGGUGGACACUUCAACCCUGCUGUGUCGCUCUCGGCCACACUGGCCGGAGGCCUCAACGCCGUGCUGCUUAUCCCCUACUGGGUCUCCCAGGUGCUUGGGGGGCUGAUUGGAGCUGCCCUGGCUAAGGCGGUGAGUCCAGAGGAGAGGUUCUGGAAUGCAUCUGGGGCAGCCUUUGUAACGGUCAAGGAUCAGGGGCAGGUGGCGGUGGCCCUGGGAGCAGAGAUCAUUAUGACAAUGCUGUUGGCACUAGCUGUGUGUAUGGGUGCCAUCAACAGAAAGACAAAGGGCCCUCUGGCCCCAUUCUCCAUUGGCUUCUCUGUCACUGUGGAUAUCCUGGCAGGUGGUGGGAUCUCUGGAGCCUGCAUGAACCCUGCUCGUGCCUUUGGACCUGCUGUGAUGGCCGGCUACUGGGACUUUCAUUGGGUCUACUGGAUAGGACCCCUCCUGGCUGGCCUCCUCGUAGGACUUCUCAUUAGGCUCUUUAUCGGAGAUGAGAAAACCCGCAUAAUUCUCAAGGCAAAGUGAAGCUGCUGUUGGCAUUCCCACUGCUCGGUGUCCUCAGCCACCUGUUCCUGAGUUGAGGACAGAACAGUUCUACCGUUUCCUGCAGGCCUGAGCUCAGAAGAGCCACUGUGGCAGCAGCUGACCCUGGCCUGGCUUCUCAGACAGGCAGGCAGCUGCUGCUAUGUCCUGAGCAUGCUCCUGGAACCUGGAAUUCCUUUGUGCUCAUGGGCUGGGUAGGGGUAACAUGUGGCUGGCCUAAAGACAUGUAGAGACCACAUAGAAAAAGAGCUUUUGUGAGAGAGAGCGGGUCACAGGAGAGACAAGCAGGUGGAGAAUGGGUUGCUAAUGCACACUGCCAAUUUCCCCAGCUGUCUUUCUUUUUUUCUAUGCUGAGUCUGGAACCCAAGGUCUCAUGCAUACUUGGCUACUGAGCCCCCUGCUCUCCCCACCCUCUUUCCCUUGGUUACUCUGUUACAGAAGGGCUUUCAGGAGCCCAAUGACCUCAUUGCUCCCCCAGCUGCCAAUCUAACUUUCUAAUAAAUGCUUUAGCAUUUCCA